CUAUUCACGCCACCCGAGAAGAAAAAGGCGGAAAGCGCGCGGGAAAGGGAAAAGGGAGAAAAGAGACAAAUCAACCACACAAGUACAAUGGCGGGCUUGGGACGGUCCAACUCGCUGAGCAUCAACACCAGCGGCACCAGUCUUUUCGGAAACAAUGCCAGUGGGCCCCAGCAGACUGGAAGCCUUUUUGGCUCGACGACACCACAGCCACCCCCAUCCACCGGCCUCUUUUCCAAUCUGAAUAAGCCCGCAGCCCCGAGUGCGCCUGCUGCAGGAGGGGGGCUGUUUGGCUCUUCCACUGCCCAAACCCAGCCCCAGCAAACCGGGAGCCUGUUCGGAGGAGCUUUGGGGGCAGGAGCGAAUACUCAGGCUCAGACUCAGCCGUCCCAAUCUGGUGGACUAUUCGGAGGCAGUCAGGCCCCAAAAGCUGCGCUGUUCGGCGGUGCCGCAUCAACGGCACAACAAAGCAACGCGCCUCUUUUUGGGAAUUCAAAUACCCAACAGAACCAGGCCUCCACCCAAUCUCUCUUUGGCUCAAACCCACAGCAGCAGCAGCAGCAACAGCAGCAGCCGCCCACCAACUCCAUGUUUCCCAAUCUUCAAUCCCAGAACAAACCUCUCGGCAGCCUAGGUGGAACCGGCCUAUCCAUGUCCACGAAUCAAGCUGUCCAGAUUCAGGCAGCUGAUUCCAUCAAGGGAACCACUCGCUUCAAUGACCUCAGCCCCGAAUUCCAGCAGCAAAUAGUACAGAUUGAGGAGAUGAUCCAGAAACGAAUCAACAAUGCCCACACCACUCGCGGAACACUGCCUCAGCACAUUGACCAGGUCACCACCAUAUCGCCUGACGUCCAAUACGUUGAAAAACUGCUCUCUACCGUCGAACUAGGUCUCGACAAUGAUUCCGCCAACAUUCAUCACGUCAAAACUCAAGUCAAGAAAGACGCCGAGGAUGCAGCUCUCAGCUUCCGCGCCAUCGAGAACCAGGCAUUGCCUCCUCAAUUCCGUUAUGGCAACGCUUCCAAUUUGACAGCUUCUACAUCAAAGAUCACGCCCAGUAAUUCACUGGACGAUGACGACCCCACGAAACCCGUCGAUCUCCUGCGCUAUUUCGACCGUCGCACAGAAAACCUUUCAUCCACUCUCGAUUUGUACCAACGUCAGAUCCGCGAGAUUGAGACUCACCUGCGGACUAUGGAAGCAGGAACACUUGAGAAGGCGCAGCAGCUAACGGGAAGCCGUAGCAGCUCGCAUGACCAACGGAAGCAGUUAGUGGAAGCACUCAAGGCGAUUGAGGGCGCCAUCUUGCAGUCUGCUAGUAAGGUCGGCAAAGUACGCGAUGGGGUGAAUAAGCAGAUCAUUGGGGAUGCCGGGGUGGGACUAUUGUAG